GGCAACGCUGGUAUCCGCGCCGUUGAAAGGGCGAAGCGUUGGCGGGAACAGCGCAUGCGCUUUGGGGGAGAUAGUUGGAGAGAAGUGGUACUAGUUGGUGGUGAAGGGAGGGUAUUUUGCUGCGUCACCAGCCUCUGGGAAGUCGCCGUUGAGUGAAAAGGAGGGAGCGCGCGCGGGCGCGCGGUGCUUUGUGGGUAGCAGGCCUCUCAGCCUUUGAGCCUGGAGAAGAAGCCGCUGCCGCCGCCGCCACUGCCUCGUCCUUGCCGAAAGUCCCCCCCCGUCCUGCCUUCGUUUCUCCGGCGGAGCCCUUCGCAGAUACAGGGACCGGGGGAAAACAAACGGAGAAAAGAGAGUUGAGAUAAGGGAGCACGAGCCGGAGCCCCUGACGCCAUUCGCCAUGCAGCCAGCUUCUGCGAAGUGGUAUGACCGAAGGGACUAUGUCUUUAUUGAAUUUUGUGUUGAAGACAGUAAGGAUGUUAAAGUAAAUUUUGAGAAAUCCAAACUUACGUUCGGUUGUCUUGGAGGAAAUGAUAACUUCAAGCAUUUAAAUGAAAUUGAUCUUUAUAAUUCUAUUGAUCCAAAUGAAUCCAAGCAUAAAAGAACCGACAGAUCUGUCUUAUGUUGUUUACGAAAAGGAGAAUCUGGCCAAUCAUGGCCACGGUUAACAAAAGAGAGAGCAAAGCUCAAUUGGCUCAGUGUGGACUUCAACAACUGGAAAGACUGGGAAGAUGACUCUGAUGAAGACAUGUCCAAUUUUGAUCGCUUUUCUGAAAUGAUGAACAACAUGGGUGGUGAUGAAGAUGUAGAUUUGCCUGAAGUAGAUGGAGCAGAUGAUGAUUCACCAGACAGCGAUGAUGAAAAAAUGCCAGACCUGGAAUAAGAAGGAAAAAAAUGGCAUCUUUGGGGGCUUGGUGGAAAGAACUUCAUCACAACAUUUCAUAAUUGAGAUAAGAAUUCCUGAGUUGAUAGCUCUACAGGCAGAAAAAGCAUCCUUUAAUUCAUCUUCAACCUAUUUUAAGCAGCUUCACUGAUCGGUGCGUACCAUUGUUCAGGGCAGUCGUAAUCUACGUGAGGCAAUAAUGAUAUGCAUGAACAUUUUCCAGACUUUUCAAAAACCAAACAAAAGAAACCAAUUGAGGUUUAGGCAAUCGAAACAAAACAGUUGCAAUAAAAGGGUUUACAGCUCCUCUUUGCCUCAUCAUAAAAUACUACAAUGGGAAAACUCUCAAUUUACAUAAAGUGGUAAAUUUGUGCUUUCCCCCUCACAUUGUGGACUGCAGAUAACUUAAGUUUCAGAUUUUAUACCUGGAACAGAACUGUCUGAAGCAAUGUUUUAAUUGGCUUUCAAAAUUAAACUGGUAACAUGCUGUACCUCUAGGGGUGUCUUUAGGGUAUGUUCCACUAAUGUUUAAUGCUCUUCACUUUGUUGUAUUUAAUCACUAGUUAGUGUUCAAAAUAUCCUAGCUAAAACUAUCAACCCCUGAAACUUAACAUAGGUGAAGCCUGUACAUUUGGUUGUUCGAUCCUCAAAGCUCUUGCAUCUCAAUAUGGGGGGGGGUAAGAGUCUGUACGUUGUUGCUUGUCAAUCUGUACAUUUAGACCAAAUUGUAUUUGCACUGUUGGUAUGAAAGCGAGUGACAAAAUGUUAAUACACUAUUGAAUCUUUUUGUUUUUUUUUGACCAGCUUAUAAGCCUGAAAACCUCAAUUUGUGUUCAAAGCAGUGGGGAUUUUUUAAUGUCUACAUUAUUUCUAAUAAACUGUUGAAGACUCCAUGGCUGUCAACUGUCUGGCUGGCUGUAACUUCAUGUAUUCUUACUAUUUGUUGGAAUGGAAUACUUUAUUUCUAGUUGGAAUAAUCGUGUGGGAUUAUUUCGUUUGUUUGAAGGAAAGUUGUAAUAUUCCCAAGCAAGAGUUUAAAAAAAAGAAAAUAGGAUCUGUAAGUCGUGGGUAUGCUGACAGCCGUUUCAAGAAAGUGUUGUGAUUUGACUAAAAUAAAAAAAAAUUGUUCUCCUUUAAA